GGCCGCUGCCUUUGAUCUCAGCUUCCCAGAUCCUCCGCCAGCCCCAGUGUUUGCCUAGUGCUGCAGGAGAGAGCUAGAGGGAGGGCUCUCCGGCGUCCCGGGCACCUGGCCAGAGCUUUGCCUAGAUCACUCCUCCCACCAAGAGAGGAUCCUGACUUACCCCUUCCAUUUCAGAAGGAGAAGCUGAGUCUCUGGACUUUGCUUAGAAGGGAGGACACACUCUGGGUGCCUCUUGGGAGCCAGGAUGCAGCUUGGGUAACUAGACUGGCCGGAGGUCAAGGGGCAGGCUUCCCCCUUUUGCAGAGUGCCCUUUGCCCCAGGGGGUGGAACCGAUAGCCGCCCGGCUUGGCCAAUGAACAGGUUUGGAGAAGGGACCAGGGGAGGAGUGGGCGGGGCCGCUUCCCCCUACUUUCCCGCCCCCAGCUUCUCCCUUACAGGCGACGAGGACUCGAGAUCUUCGCUCUGGAGGCGGUUCAGGUCGACUGUCUCCGCCUCUUCCCUGGCACCUGCUGCCAGGCCGAAAAGGACAAAAACAAUCCCAGCCGGCGUCGAGUUUCAGGGAGUCUCCGCCUCUAGGGUGCUUCCUCCUCCCAGGCCCCUUUCCAGGCCCCGCCUCCACCUGCACAACAAAUUUUAGUUUCCUUGGGCCAGAAGCGGGUACACACAGGGCUGCUCACGCUCCCCCACCCCCGACUUGUACCUCCGACGUGGGGACACCCUGCUACCACCUGUAGAGAAGAGGGAGUGGAUUUGCAACCAAGUCCAGGUCCCUAGGGCCCCUGGACUGAGCCGGAUUUCGGACCCUGAGUCCCACGACUCCUGCUGAGGCUUCUCCAGGACCAGGCACAAGGGAGGCUGCAUUCGGACCCCUCUUCUCCCUCAGAUGCCAUGGAGCUGGGCCUGUCUCCACCGCAUCACAGCAGCUCCCCAGAAGACCUGUACCCAGCCCCGGGGACCCCGCCGGGGACUCCCCCGCCGCCCGAUGCCCCCCUUCCUGGGGAGGUGAAGAGGUCCCAGCCUUUGUCCAUCCCGACCAGCAGGAAACUCCGAGAGGAGGAGCUGCGGACAACCUCUCUGCCCUCCAUCCCCAACCCUUUCCCUGAGUUGUGUAGUCCUCCUUCACAAACGCCCAUUACUGGGGGACUCUCCAGUGCAAGGGGGCUGCUCCCUCGAGACACCAGCUGCCCCCAUGUAGUAAAAGUGUACAGCGAAGACGGGGCCUGCCGGUCCGUGGAGGUGGCGGCGGGCGCCACCGCACGCUACGUGUGUGAAAUGCUGGUGCAGCGAGCUCACGCCCUCAGUGAUGAGAACUGGGGGCUGGUGGAGUGCCACCCCCAUCUAGCACUGGAGCGGGUCUUGGAGGACCAUGAGUCAGUAGUGGAAGUACAAGCUGCAUGGCCGAUCGGCGCCGACAGCCGCUUUGUCUUCCGGAAGAACUUCGCCAAGUACGAACUGUUCAAGAGCUCCCCACACUCCCUGUUCCCAGAGAAGAUGGUCUCCAGCUGUCUGGAUGCACCGACGGGCUUAUCGCACGAAGACCUCAUCCAGAACUUCCUGAAUGCGGGCAGCUUCCCCGAGAUCCAGGGCUUCCUGCAGCUGCGGGGCUCGGGACGGAAGCUUUGGAAGCGCUUCUUCUGCUUCCUGCGCCGGUCUGGCCUCUAUUACUCCACCAAGGGCACCUCCAAGGACCCGAGGCACCUGCAGUACUUAGCAGAUGUAAACGAGUCCAAUGCGUAUGUGGUGACUCAGGGCCGCAAGCUGUACGGGAUGCCCACCGACUUCGGCUUCUGUAUCAAGCCCAACAAGCUUCGCAAUGGCCACAAGGGGCUGAGCAUCUUCUGCAGUGAGGACGAGCAGAGCCGCACCUGCUGGUUAUCCGCCUUCCGCCUCUUCAAGUAUGGGGUGCAGCUGUAUAAGAAUUACCAGCAGGCACAGUCUCGCCACCUGCGCCCGUCCUGUGUGGGGUCCCCACCCUUGAGGAGUGUCUCGGACAACACCCUGGUGGCGAUGGACUUUUCUGGCCACACGGGGCGCAUCAUCGAGAACCCCCAGGAGGCUCUGAGUGUCGCCCUGGAGGAGGCCCAUGCCUGGCGGAAGAAGACGAACCACCGUUUCAGCCUGCCCACCCCGAGCUCCAGCACCAGCCUCAGUGCAGCCAUCCACCGAACCCAACCCUGGUUCCAUGGACGGAUUUCCCGUGAGGACAGCCAGCGGCUCAUCUCCCAGCAAGGCCUGGUAGACGGACUGUUCCUGGUGCGGGACAGCCAGCGGAACCCGCAGGGCUUUGUCCUGUCUCUGUGCCAUCUGCAGAAAGUCAAGCAUUAUCUUAUCCUGCCGAGCGAGGAGGAGGGCCGCCUCUACUUCAGCAUGGACGAGGGCCAGACGCGCUUCACCGACCUGCUGCAGCUCGUGGAGUUCCACCAGCUGAACCGCGGCAUCCUGCCCUGCCUGCUGCGCCACUGCUGCACCCGCGUGGCCCUCUGACCGGGCGGCGGCAGGCCCGUGUCUCAGCCCCGGGCUCCUAGGGUGGACUCGGAGGGUCAGGGGGCAGGGACAGGAUCGAGAACGAGUGGAAGGCUCCCCCCAAUCCAGUUUUCUCCUCUGCUCCUUUGCUUCACUGAGGCAGUAAGUGGCCCCCCUCCCCCUCCCCCCAGUUCACCCUUAAUCCCUCUUCUCAAGGGAAGGCACUUGGGGUGGCCCUCUCCCCUUCAGGGAGCUCCUUUCUGGGCACUACUCUGGGGCAAGGCAUUAUGGGAGAAAUGGGGGUAGCCCAGGUGGUCUGAUGCCCCACACGUUGUACAGACUGAGGCCAGUUGAUCUGUUUUAUACUCCUUACAAUAAAGGUUAUUUUUGGAUA